AUGGCGCUGACCUUCCAGCAAAGCGCUGUGUACAAGGGCUUGGAUAUCAUCACAAACAAGGUUUCUGCCCAGGAGCAGCGUCUGUGCAGACACCACAUGAUCAGCUUUGUGGAUCCCCUUGUCUCUAACUACACGGUGGUGGAUUUCAGAGACAAAGCCAUGGCUCUGAUUGAAGAUAUCUUUGCCCGAGACAAGAUCCCGAUCGUUGUGGGAGGAACCAACUACUACAUCGAGUCCUUGCUCUGGAAGGUCCUUAUCAACACCAAGGAGAAGGCCAGCAUGGCCCCUGGGCCGGUCACUGACAGGAAAGUGGAGCUGGAGCAGCUGGACGGUGUGGAGCUCCAUCGCCGCCUGAGCCAGGUGGACCCAGAGAUGGCAGCCAAGCUGCACCCCCACGACAAGCGCAAAGUGGCCAGGAGCCUCCAAGUGUGCGAAGAGACGGGGAUCCCCCAUAGUGAAAUCUUGCACCAGCAGCAGGAGGAGGAAGGUGGGGGACCCUUAGGAGGGCCCCUGAAAUACCCACAUUCCUGCAUCUUGUGGCUCCAUGCAGACCAGGCAGCUCUGGACCAGCGGCUGGAGAAGCGGGUGGAUGACAUGCUUGCUGCAGGACUGCUGGAGGAGCUGCGGGACUUCCACCGACGCUACAACCAAGAGAAGGUGGCUGAGAACCGGCAGGAUUACCAGCAUGGCAUCUUCCAGUCCAUCGGCUUCAAGGAGUUCCACGAGUACCUCGUCAGUGAGGGGAACUGCUCGCCCGAGACCAGUGCUCUGCUGCUGCAAAAAGGGAUCCAGGCCCUGAAACAAGUGACCAAGAGAUACGCCCGGAGGCAGAACAAGUGGGUCCGAAACCGCUUCCUGAGACGUCCUGGGCCCAAUGUGCCCCCGGUGUAUGGCUUGGAGGUGUCCGAUCUCUUGCGGUGGGAGGAGGAUGUGCUGAAACCUGCUGUGGAGAUUGUGGAGAGCUUCAUCCAGGGACGUGAGCCCCCAGCAGAGCCUGUGAAGAUGGAGUACGAUGUAAACGAGAACAAACGGAGUCAUCGUGUGUGUGAGCUCUGCGACAGAGUGAUCAUCGGGGACAGGGAGUGGGCAGCUCACACACGAUCCAAAUCCCACCUGCACCAUCUGAAGAAGAGCAGGAAGCUGGAGGCUGCCAGCCGUGCUGCAGAGACUGUGGGGAACAGUGGGGGCACAGAGACCUCGGGGGAGGACAGCACCUUGCCUUUGCCGUAGGCCUGCAAACCGGCUGGCGAAGGAGAGCAGCCGCGCUUCCACCCGUAUGGCGAGGAAGAGACUGAGUCCUGGGUGGCCUUGAACUGAAGGAGCUGAGUCAUUUUUUUGGGGGGAUGAGGCAGGUGUGUAAGUGACGGCCAAAGGCUGUCGGCUGCAUCACAUCCUCUUCAUGUGGCCUCAUCGUGCCGGGUUCCCAUGCUUCCCCAGCCCUGCCUGGAAAGGGCUGGGCCCCGGGGCAAGGCUGCUAGGAGCAUCCUACCAUGCCAAGCAUUAAUUUCUGCUAGAGACGCAGCAUUAUCCUUGGAAUGGUUGAGCUGAUCCUGCUGGCAUGCGAACGUGUCAUUCUCAGAGACAGAAAUACUCUGCACUCCUCCAGCUUGGCCAGGAGUGCAGCUCUGGAGCUGAGCGAGCUCUUAACUGCCUUUAUUGUGGAGAGGAUAUUUUUUUUCUUUUAUAUGGAAAUAAAGCUGCAAGAUUAUUGUGGGUUCCCUUCCCUAUUAACAAGCACAGGUUUUUUUGCUCUCUGUUCCCACCUGGCCCAGGUUCCCUGCUCUGGGCACAGGGCAGGACGUCCUUCCUUCUUCCAGUCACCUUUUCUGCAGCUUCUGAGGGAGCGGAGCAGAUGUUCUCAGCUUGGUGGAGGCAGGCUGAUCCCUAUGCACAUAGCAGGUGCAGAAGGAGCUGGCACCUGUUAAACAGGAACUUGGAAAUGAUCUCAUCAAGUUUGCAACAGAUGAGCCUGUCCUAGUUAAAGCUGAAUUCCCGGGGGUUUACACUGUGGUUUGGCAGUGGGAACCGGCCCUGCAUUUGAAUCCGAGUUGCUGAGCAGCAAAUUCCUUGUGCUGCGUCCGCGAGGCAGUUGGUCUCCACAGUGUCAUUCCUGGAGGAUGCGAGCGUCGUCUGCGCCACCGCACUUCCCGCUGU